AUGGCUCGAUUGUCCAUGUGUUUACUCAUAAUCUUCCUAGCCAUUGUGGCAGAGGCAGCUCCUCAUAAGCCCAAGAAAGCAAAAAAGUGUCACGACAAAAAGCGAUAUCCUGAAUGUUUCAAAGAGAAAGACCGCUAUUGUCCCGCAAAAUGCCCUCGUGAGUGUCAUAUGGAUUGUGCUACGUGCACACCUGUUUGCUCAGAGCCAUCUACAUUUCCACCAUUCUUGUCACCACCACCACCAGAAAAUGAAAAUCAUCCACCCCCUUCUCUAAGCCCACCUCCAACUACUUCCACUCCUCCUCCCACUGUUUCCACCCCACCUUCUCAAAAUCCUCCAUCACCACCAGAUUCAAGUGAAUCAGCUCCAAAGAGAGUUAGGUGCUACAACAAGAAUUAUGCCACUUGCUAUGGUCAGGAGUACACCUGUCCUAGUGCAUGCCCCAAUCAAUGUGAGGUUGAUUGUACCAUUUGCAAGGCUACUGUGACCGGCCAGGUGCUGUGUGCCAAGACCCGCGAUUCGUCGGUGCCGAUGGAAUCACCUUCUACUUCCAUGGCAAAAAAGACAGAGACUUUUGCAUAG